AUGAAGACACGGUCAAGGCGUACUGGAAUAGAGGGUUCUGAGCAAAAACAUUCUUGGAUGACUAAAGGCUCAUCACAUCCUAAGCCAGGGAAGCAUGAAGCAACCAAGACCAAUGCACCAGAGAACUUUACUGCCAGCAAACCGAAGGGGAUUAAGUGUUUCAAAUGUUCUGGCAUAGGACAUAUUGCUUCUGAAUGUCCUAACUGA